AUGAUCCUGAUCGAAUUGACGAUUAUCGCGAAGUGUGUGCCCUAUUAUUCUAACGCCUUUUUUAUUCUUGUGCUGACUGAAGAGACCCUGUCUCAGGAUUUACCCAAAGCGCCGAUGGCCAUGGCGCAAGUGUCAAAUGCAUCGAAAAAUGACCGCUCGCCACAGAGACCGGCAAACGACGAAAUUCCAACUGCCGAACGACAAAAUUGGAGUGAGGUGGCCGGUAGUCAAAUUGAGACACUGAAUCUAGGACCUGUCGAUCGGACCUCCAUCCUAGAGCAUUUGAUUUCAAAAGUGCGCCUCGAAAUGAGUGAAAGUCUCUUAGAAAUUGGGCAGGACCCAGAAACGACAACAGAAGCUGGCGUCUAUCUUCACAUUCUAUGGAGAGAGGAUGACACAACAAGCCGGUUUUGGCUUUACGUCGGACAAGCAUGUGUGCUGUGUCUGAGAAUCCAGAAACACAAGGAUCCUAAGCAUCGUCGGAAGAAUAUGGGACUACACUAUUCAGUUUGGGGCUCUGCCAUGGAUAUGAAAUCAGCCUUUGUCACUCUGGCUAUCCUCGAUGCCCCGUCUUCCACUCAGACGCAGCUAGUUUUCAACCUAGCAGAGAUGUGGAUGUGCCUAGUAUUCCAAACAUUGACUUCCCUUCAUUUAGGCUCCUGGUUGCCGAAAGACACAAACGCCAUGUGGUCAGGUAAUCAUCUCAAUGUUGCAUUGCCAUUGUGGCAAGGAUUCACAGAUACCCAAGAGAACAAAGCCAUCACUGACGCAAUUGGCGGCAGAUCAACCUUUCAGCAAUACCUUAAAUCCGAGGAUUUGGUUAUUCGGGCAUGGGCCGAACAAACCAGGGAUGCGUUCAACGACAUUCGAAACUCACCUGACCCGGGGAUCAGAAAUUACAGGUGGGAUCUUCACAAAGAGCGUAUCCUUAAGGCACAGGACACAUGGGGCAAAAAGAAAGCUAGCAUGGCUAGGCAGUAUCUCGAAGGGGCGAAAGCACUCGUUACAUUGCAUUCUGGAAAUCAUGGAAACCAUCAAACUGAGGUCAGAGCUGGUAGUUUCAGGUUCACUGUUUCCCAAACGCUUGGACUUGAUCUCCGUAACGGCGACGAAGUUAUUCUCCAAUAUCAUCUAACAUCAACCCCACACCCACACGCUUAUGCUCUUUCUGCUUUAAACACAGAUCCUGCUAGCCGCUUGGGGGUAUCUAUCCGUGGUCAAGAUAGCCACGGAGGUUUUUAA